AUGCCACAGAAUGGGGUGGGGGUGGCGGACGGUAGCGCAACUCACGCAGCAGGUGGUGAGAAUGAAGGUGUUGAGGUAUCGGACGAGGAGGAGGACGUCAGUUCAGAUUCGGAGGGGGAGAGAGAAGAGAAGCCGAUGGAUGCAGGUGCUGGUGUCCAACAGGCAGUCCCAACAGUACUCCGUGAAGUAUUUGGCGAGGCAUUUAACAGACUCAGCACCUCAGGAACCAACGGAAACAUGCGCUCGGGGGGUGUGGGGUUAUCAAAUCCAACAGCAGCUGAGAGUGGGGGAUUGGGGGAGAGGGGAGGUGUAUCCGAGAGUGGUGGAUUGGGGGAGCGGGGAGGAGCGUCCGAGAGCAAAGCAGGAAGGGGAGGAGCAGGAGGGGGUGGGGCAUGGAGGAGAGGAGCAGCAGAGAGUGGGGCGGGGACGGCAGGAGCAGAGAGUGGGGCGGGAAGGGCAGGAGCAGCUGGGAUCGUGACAGGGAGGGGAGGAGCAGGGAGUGGGACGUGGAGGGGAGGAGCAGCAGGGAGCGGGGCAGGGAGGCCAGGAGCAGAGAGCGGGGCGGGAAGGGCAGGAGCAGCCGAGAUCGUGACAGGGAGGGGAGGAGCAGGGAGUGGGGCGGGGAGGGGAGGAGCAGGGAGUGGGGCGGGGAGGGGAGGAGCAGGGAGUGGGGCGGGGAGGGGAGGAGCAGGGAGUGGGGCGGGGAGGGGAGGAGCAGGGAGCGGGGCCGGGAGGGGAGGAGCAGGGAGCGGGGCCGGGAGGGGAGGAGCAGGGAGCAGUGGGGCGGUGAGGGGGGGAGCAACAGGGAGCGGGGCAGGGAGGGGAGGAGCAUCCGAGAGCGGGGCAGGGAGGGGAGGAGAAUUCGAGAGCGGGGCAGGGAGGGGAGGAGCAUCCGAGAGCGGGGCAGGGAGGGGAAGAGCAUCCGAGAGCGGGACAAGGAGGGGAGGAGCAGCAGGGAGCGGGGCAGGGAGGGGAGGAGCAGCAGGGAGCGGGGUAGGGAGGGGAGGUGCAGCAGGGAGCGGGGCAGGGAGGGGAGGUGCAGCAGCGAGCGGGGGGGGGAAGGGGAGGAGUAGCAGGGAGUGGGGGGGAGAGGGGAGGAGCAGUGAGCGGGGCCGGGAUGGGAGGAGCAGCAGGGAGUGGGGCGGUGAGGGGAGGAGCAGCUGA